GAGAAGACUUGGGGUCUUGCAGAAGCAUAGAAAGCGUGCUACAUAACUACACUCUGUCGCUAAACCUUUUAUCGAAGUAAUCUCAUACGCAUUGAGUUCGCGUUUGAUUCAAAUGGAGCUCCUUCGAUCGAACCUCCCUCGUGUUCGAAUUCCUGAACCAACAAAUCGUAUCUUCAAGCACGAAUGCUGCAUUUCUUUUGAUACUCCCAAAUCUGAGGGCGGGCUGUUUGUUGAUAUGAACACCUUUCUUGCAUUUGGAAGGGAUUAUGUAGGUUGGAACUACGAGAAGACUGGGAACCCAGUUUAUUUGCACAUAAAGCAAACGAAGAAGACAAUUGCUGAAGAUAGACCAUCAAAAAGACCCACGCUUUUGGCUAUAGGUAUUGAUGGAGGGUUUGAUAAUAGUGAUCCCCAGUAUGAAGAAAGCUAUGAAAUUGUUAUAUUGCCGGAUUACAUAGCCCUUCCUUUCCCUUCUGUGGAGUUGCCUGAGAAGGUAAGGUUGGCUGUUGAUGCUACUUUAAUGGCUGAAGCUGCUGAAAGGAAAGAGCAAGUUGCUUCAUGGACUGCUGACAAGAAGCUUGUCAGUAAAUAUGCCAUGGAUCUGCAGCAGCUCGACAAUGGUGUUGUUGUUCCUCCAAUGGGUUGGAAAUGUGCCAAGUGUGACAAGACCGAAAAUCUCUGGCUGAAUCUAACCGAUGGAUCUAUCCUUUGUGGUAGGAGAAAUUGGGAUGGAACUGGUGGUAAUGACCAUGCCAUUGACCACUACAAAGAAGCUGGUUACCCCCUUGCCGUAAAGCUAGGGACCAUAACUGCUGAUUUGGAGGGGGCAGAUGUUUUCUCCUACCCAGAGGAUGAAAGUAUUCUUGACCCACUUUUAGGACAGCAUCUGGCACAUUUUGGUAUCGACUUCUCAUCAUUGCAAAAGACGGAAAUGACUACUGCUGAAAGAGAACUUGACCAAAAUAUUAAUUAUGAUUGGAAUCGUAUUCAAGAAACUGGUCAAGAUGUUGAACCACUUUUUGGACCUGGUUAUACUGGACUAGUCAAUUUGGGUAAUAGUUGCUACUUGGCCGCGACAAUGCAGGUUGUAUUCUCAAUGCGUCCCUUCUGUUCUCGGUACUAUGUGGAGCAAAGUCUCAAAGCAGCUUUCAGUGUGGCUCCUGCUGAUCCUACUGUAGACCUUAACAUGCAGCUAACAAAGUUAGCUCAUGGCUUGCUUUCUGGAAAAUAUUCUGUUCCUGUUCUGGAGGAUGAUGACAAGUCAAGUGCUCCAAGUUCACUGAAACAGGAGGGAAUCCGUCCCCGCAUGUUCAAGUCAGUUAUUGCUGCUAGCCACCCUGAAUUUUCUACUAUGAGACAACAGGAUGCACUAGAGUUUUUCCUACAUUUCAUUGAUCAAGUUGAUCGGAUGAAUAUCGGGAACCCUAAUAUUGAUCCUUCGAGGAGCUUCAAGUUUGGAAUUGAAGAACGCCUCCAAUGUCCCUCAGGAAAAGUGGCCUACAACGGGAGGAAAGAUUAUAUUCUUUCUCUUAAUAUUCCUUUAGAAAGGGUGGUAAAUAAAAGAGAGCUAGCAGACUUUCAAAAGUUAAAGGCUGAGAGAGCUGCAGAAGGAAAGGACGUGUCUACAGAUGAAAUUGUCCGCCCAAGGGUUCCAUUAAAGGAUUGCCUGGAUUGUUUUUCAGCUCCUGAGGAGGUGCAUGAUUUUUACAGCACGGCUUUAAAGGCUAGGACAACUGCAAUCAAGUAA